AUGUUAGGAUCCAACAGGACCAAUCUUCAACUUACCACCUUCCUACUACUUGGCAUUCCAGGACUGGAAGCUGCCCACAUAUGGAUCUCCAUUCCCUUCUGUCUGGUGUACCUACUGUCACUGAUGGGAAAUGUUGCCCUUUUAUUAAUUGUCAAGACAGAUUGCAAGCUGCAUGAACCUAUGUACCUCUUUCUAUGCAUGCUCUCAGUCGCUGAUCUGAUACUUACUUCUUCUACCCUUCCCAAGAUACUCAGUCUCUUCUGGUUCAAUGACAGAGAGAUCUACUUUGAAGCCUGCCUUACUCAAAUGUAUUUUAUCCAUUCUCUAUCUACUAUGGAAUCUGGAUUUAUCUUGGCCAUGGCUUUUGACCGCUAUGUAGCCAUCUGCCACCCACUAAGACAUUCCACUAUCUUAACACCUGCAGUGAUUGUAGGCUUGGGUUUGCUCAUUGUCUGCAGAGGAGCUGUACUCCUCAGUCCACACCCCUUCCUACUGCGGUGGCUUUCCUACUGCAAAACUAAUGUCAUCUCCCAUACUUACUGUGAGUUUAUGGCCCUGAUAAAGCUGGUUUGCUCUGAGACCAAGAUUCGUAGAGGCUACAGCCUAAUUGUGGCAUUCCUGACAGGAGGAUUAGAUUUCAUACUGAUCAUCUGUUCCUAUAUCCUUAUUCUUCUCACGGUCUUUAAUCUGCCAUCCAAAGCUGCCCGCGUCAAAACCUUAAAUACCUGCAUCUCUCAUGUAUGGGUCAUCUUGGUGUUUUAUACACCAGCUUUUUUCUCUUUUCUCACUCAUAGGUUUGGUCACCACAUUGCUCCACAUAUCCACAUUUUUAUAGCCAAUAUAUACCUUCUUAUUCCACCCAUGAUGAACCCUAUUAUUUAUGGUGUUAAAACCAAAAGAAUCAGGGAGAGAUUCUUUAAAUUCUUCAAAUUUUCUAAGCACACAUUACCGCCUAUUGUAUUGACAAACAUUGGUUUUGAUUUUAUUUUCUCCCAUUACGCACCAUGA